CACCGUGCUUUGUGCGACUGCCACCGCCGCGUCCCGCCGGGGCCACCGCGAGAUGUUGCUUGCCGCCACCUGAACCGCUCACUCGCCGAUUGCCUCGUUUCUAUUGCUUGCCCUGCGGAGAUGGACGCUGUGCGAAGCCUCUGCUCCAGCAGUGGAACCCCUCUCAAGCGUUCUCAGUGCCAAGAAGCUAAACUCGCCCUUUCUGUCUGUCUCUCCUCCCAUCAGAACCCAUAGAUCCUAACCCAUGUCAUAUAGUUUCAGAAUCUGAAUUGUUAAAAUUUCGCCAUGGAAUUGUUAGAGAGAAGCGAGUUCAAGUGUUUCUGAGGAAAAAUUAUUCUGUACGUUUCAGGAACUUGAAAUUUGCUAAGCUUGGGUUUGCUGGGAGAUGAUAUCGUGCAUUCACUGGUGGUUGGAGUCUGGUGCAACCUCACUGGAAAAUUGAAGAUUGUCUUAUGAUUUUGGUCUGUAAUUAUAUUUUAUGAUUACAUUAUUCAUGAAUAAUUUUUUUUCCCCUCUUCAAAUAGUUCUUUCUGCAGGGAGAUAAAGAAUACUGCUUGGACGGAUCUUGUUGUCUGAUUGACAAGAAUUAUAUACUUUCUAAUGAAGCCAUGACCAAUUUGGUACAAA